AUGAAGCUCAGUCAAUCACUUAGCAUCCUCACGCUCCUCGUAGCAUCGACUGCCGCUGUUGGUCUUCCUCACGACAACACAUACAAAAAAUGUCUCACUGAGGGUACCUUCUGCGAAGGAUUCGCCGGUUCAGUUGGCACUUGUUGUAAAGGAUUGGUAUGCGAGAACGAGCCAUUCGUAGCAGAUGAUGCCCACUGCAAGAAGGUGUGGAGACGUCGACGCAAGAAAUAUGAACUUUAUGUCCUUCGAUACGCAGUAGAGAAUGAAAACCACUCCCCUCUAGUCUUGAUGACACUUUCAGAGAGACAUUAA